GACAAAUAGUUUGUCUUGUGGCUAUACAAUUGAAACUUUUCUCAGAGCAUUAUGCCACUACUGAGCUUAACUUGUCACUCUAAUUAAUGUAACUCCAACUGGAGUUGGAACAGAGCCUGAAACUGUUGGUUGUAUUUCAGGUUAUGAACCUGUUGCAUUCGAUGGGUCCAGACACCGUGGUCAUCACCAGCUCUGAUCUGCCCUCUCCUCUGGGGGAUCAGUAUCUGGUUGCUCUGGGGAGCCAGAAAAAAGUGACAGCUGAUGGUACCUUGGUGACUCAACAGAUCCGUAUGGACAUCCCCAGGGUGGAUGCUGUGUUUGUGGGAACAGGGGACCUGUUUGCUGCGAUGCUGCUGGCGUGGACACAUCUCCACCCAAAUGAUCUGAAGAUGGCCUGUGAAAAGACGGUUUCAGUCCUUUACCAUGUCAUUAAAAGGACCAUUACUUAUGCAGAAGAGGUGGCUGGUCCGAAUCGAAGGCCCAGUCCUGCUCAGCUUGAGUUGCGGAUGGUUCAGAGUAAAGCAGACAUUGAGGAUCCUGCCAUAGUUGUUCAUGCUGUAGUUCUGUAGUGCUUUAAUCUGAGACUCUGUACUAGACCGUAUGAAUGUCAUUCAUCUAACAGCAAGAGUUUACAAAUCACAAUACUUUGGAUGGUGGAUGACUUAUUUUUUAUUCUUUUAUAACAACACUACUGAUCUUAGAAUUGAAGCUGGGAUGUCUGGUACUUCAUAGUGCAUUAGUGCAGGUACUGCAUCCAGAAACUAACAUGGUACCUAAAGUUAUUAUGUUCACAUUCCAGCCAUUAUGUGCAUAUGACUAUCUAGCCAUUAUUAGUAUUUUAUUAUGAUUUAUGCAUGUGUAUAUCUUGUGAAUUUAUGAUGAUUUAUUAACAUUAAGAAAAUGUCAUAUACAUUUUAUCUAACAUUUGAUUAGAUUCCGUCAGUUAUAUGUAACAUAGUAUUCGAUCCCUUAGUCUUAUUUAAUCAGUAAAACUGUACAAGCCAGUCAGGCCAAGUGUAAGAAAAAUGUCUAUUAAAUAAUAAAAAGCAAUUGUCUAUACUAAGAAUGUGCCUUGAAAAUGCUGCUAUAGUUUAUAUCAUACUAAAAAAAGUAUUUAUCGUUGUAAUAACUAACAAUAAUGGCCAUGGAAACGGACAUAUUUUGACUAUUAUAAUAAAAUCCUUACAUUUUUAAUCA